UCACGUGACCAAACAACUUCCUCCCCACUUCUUCAGUUCAGACCCAGACCGUGCGCUCGAAAGGUGUCAACAACGAUGGCGGGAUAUGCGAACGAAUUUCUGUUGGAAGCUGCUGAGAAUAGCUCACUUGAAGGCGUGAAAGCAGCUUUGAAAGCAGGUGCAGACGUUGACUUUGAGCACCCUGACAACUUUGCCCCGAGCAUGGGCAAUGGCACGGCAUUGAUCAUUGCCUCUAUGCUGGGGGACGUGGAUAUAGUGAGACUGCUGCUUCGCGAGGGGGCGUCUGUUAUGAAGAGAAUGGUGGGUGGCUUAACUCCCCUUCAUGCAGCCGCGUUCAAAGGGCAGACAGAAGUGGUGGAAGUGUUGGUGCAUCAUGGUGCAACAUUAGACAUACGGGACGGCUUCCAGGACACCCCGCUCAUUCUGGCAUGUCACAGCAAACAUGUCGAAACAGUUAGGCGACUGAUUGAGCUCGGAGCAAGACCUGAUUUGACCGACGGUGGUACAGGCAGGAACUUGGGGAUAGCAGUCGGAAACCCGACCAGUGACGAGAGUAUCAAGCUGAUGCAAGAGGCUAUAGAGUCCAAGCUGUUGAGAUGCUGCAACCCAAAGUGUGGCAAACCAGGCUACAGGAAGAACCUGAUGCGGUGUUCUCAGUGCAAGCUGACCCGCUACUGCAGCCGUGACUGUCAGAUACAACACUGGUCUGUCGGACACAAGAAGUGCUGUGGGCACGAUACGUACACUGAAGAUCGUGCUUCAAAAAUGGUUUGGUCGUUGGUAAACAACAUCCACCAAAAACCCGUCGAAAAUGUGGUUAGGUCAAUGAUAAACCUCUUCGACGAAUAUUUAGAUGCGAAUAAAUGUUGAGUAGAAAUGCCUCUACAUCCGUAACAGAUAUACAUCUACAUCUAACGUUACAUCUAUACUUUACUGGGCAAAGCCCCCUUCAGCAAUAGUAAGUAAAAAUGCGUUGCGUGAACCUAACUU